AUGGAUCAGAAUGUGGUCAAAAAGAAUGAUGAGGAGAAGGAAGAGUUGAGGAAUGUUAAGAAGAGGAGGGCUACUAAGAAGAGGAUUCUCAAUGAGAAUGAGCCAAAGUCGGACCCAUAUUGGUUGAAGACUUUCUUCGAUUUCACGCCAGAGGAGGCUGCUAAGGUACCUGAUUAUGGUUAUUGUGGGAUUUUAAGUCUAUUGAUUGCUAAUGUCUGCCUUAAUAAAUUGGAUCACAUGAUGGAAUGGAUGAUUGUUGAGUUUUUUAGGCCUUGUAAGUUUGAUUCAAUAUGGCGGUAUUCAAUUAAUGAUGGUUGUCAAAGCCCUGCGUGGUCGGAGUUUGUUCCAGCCAGUGGAAAGGAGAAGACUAGGAAGAUGGAUUACAUAAGAUAUGGGGGUCACUUCUUAAUUGGAAUUAGAGGGCCUAGGGAGAAUGCAGUGGAAGUUAGGAAGAAAAUUAUUGAGUUUUGUGUGAGUACUUUUGGAUUAAGGUUGGAUAAUUCGAAGCUAGAGAUUGAGCAUAUUUCAAGGGGGAUCCAGUUCUUGGAUCAUAUAAUAUGCCGGAGGGUGAUAUACCCAACAUUGCGUUACACUGGUUCUGGAGGUAACAUUGUGAGUGAAAAGGGUGUUGGAACCUUGCUUUCGGUUACUGCUAGCUUGCUGCAAUGCAUUCGUCAAUUUAGGCAUCUAAAACUGGUGAAGGGUGACAAGGACUCGAAGCCACUUCCUUGUACUCCUAUGUCGUAG